AUGGACACCACGGAGAAGCAGCAUCUGCUGGACGCCCGGGCAGGCGCCGGGUCUUACACGGAAUCCCUCUGGCAGGAGGGGGCUGGCCGGAUCCCUCUCCCUGCGCCUGGCCUGAACUUGCAGGCCAUUGAGCUGGCCGCCCAGAGCAACCAUUACUGCCAUGCUCAGAAGGGUCCUGGCAGUGCCUGUGACCCCAGGAAGAAGUGGGCCCGGCGCCAGCUCUGUGUGGCCUCUGCCAUCUGCCUGGUGUUCAUGAUUGGGGAAGUGGUUGGUGGGUACCUAGCACAUAGCUUGGCUGUCAUGACCGAUGCAGCCCACCUGCUCACUGACUUUGCCAGCAUGCUCAUCAGCCUCUUCUCCCUCUGGAUGUCCUCUCGGCCAGCCACCAAGACCAUGAACUUCGGCUGGCAGCGAGCUGAGAUCCUGGGAGCACUGCUGUCUGUUCUGUCCAUCUGGGUCGUGACCGGCGUGCUGGUGUACCUGGCAGUGGAGCGGCUGAUUUCUGGAGACUAUGAGAUUGAGGGGGGCACCAUGCUGAUCACAUCAGGCUGCGCUGUGGCUGUGAACAUCAUAAUGGGGUUGGCUCUUCAUCAGUCUGGCCACGGGCACAGCCACGAUGCCACCCAGCAGCAGAACCCCAGUGUCCGAGCUGCCUUUAUCCACGUGAUCGGAGACUUUCUGCAGAGCUUAGGCGUCCUGGUGGCAGCCUAUAUUUUAUACUUCAAGCCAGAGUAUAAGUAUGUAGACCCCAUCUGCACCUUCCUCUUCUCCAUCCUGGUCCUGGGGACAACCUUGACCAUCCUGAGAGAUGUGCUCCGGGUGCUGAUGGAAGGGACUCCCAAGGGUGUGGACUUCACGGCUGUGCGGGAUCUGCUGCUGUCGGUGGAGGGGGUGGAAGCCUUACACAGCCUGCAUAUCUGGGCCCUGACUGUGGCCCAGCCCGUGCUGUCCGUCCACAUUGCCAUCGCUCAGAAUGCAGAUGCCCAGGCAGUGCUGAAGGCAGCCAGCGCCCGCCUGCAGGGGACAUUCCACUUCCACACCAUGACCAUCCAGAUCGAGGACUACUCGGAGGACAUGAAGGACUGUCAGGCGUGCCAAGGUCCCUCCGACUGACUGCCCAGCCAGGUGCCAACUGGGGCAUGGGCAGGACCUGCAGAGAGCAGCACUGAGUGUCCCCCAGGCUGUCAGGACACUGUGCUAUAAGCCAGGUCCUCUCCUGACCUCUGCCCCAUGUCCAGUGUGGAGGAGCCUUGCCCCACUCAAAGAACAGGGUUCCCUCCCAGCCUCCCCCAUCUGACUACAGCCAGCCCGAGGACAAGGACUCAGCAGGCAUAAAACUAGUGUGGCCCUGCUCCUCCAGCUCCCGGCGGCUCUCUAGAGGCUGGGUUUGGGCCUCCACAGCUCAUGCUGUCCUCCCACCAGCCUUGGGUAGGGGGCACAGUGUGGGGUGAGGACACCUGCUCUCCUGCUGUGUCCUUUGAUUUUCAGCAUGUCUGGCUCUGCCUCAUGAAUCUGUAAAGAAGUCAGGGAACAGAGCCUCCUCCCUCAGCCACUAACAGUAUGAUUUAAGGAGACCAUGAGCUUGGGGAGGGGUUGUGAGAACCCUGCAUUCUUCUAUGGGAAACCAGGGGGCACCCAAAGCUUCACCUGUGCCAUAGUCACUUCAGCUAUAAACCAAAUGUUCCUGGAGGGAGGAGGCUUCCAAGUACUUGAGGAAGGAGCUGGUUUCCUCUAUUCCCAUUACUCUCCCCAGGGAGCUGUCUCCACACAGAUGUCCUUCAGCCUGGCUGGUGCCCUAGCAGCCUCCAAGCCCCCCAGGCUACUUCUUGGGCCCUGGUGGUGUCCUGCAGGUCACAGGGCCAGCUGCAUUGCUGGGACGGCCGCACCUGCGCAGGACUUGGGGGCAGAGGACAAAGAGGGGUCAUACAAUUGGGGCAGGAGACACUGGCUUUCUGAAAUAAGAGUGGCUGUUUAUAAGAUGAGGGGGAGCCCUUCUCCAGCCGCUUAGAGGGGCAACUUGCCCAGUCAUCCGGUGGCCUGGUCUAGUGAUCUGUCUCUGCCAUGACAAGGGAGUGACCAAGGCCAGUUGCUCCUGUGCUGAUUCUCAUCUGAGAUGGACAUGCUGACACCCACCUACAGGGCUGUCUGAGGACUGGAGCAGAGCUGCGCAGCAGCCAGUGCUCACUGAAGAGGGCUUAUUUUUAUCAUCACCGUCCUGAAAAGAUGCGGCCUGAGGCUGCCUUGCUAGGUGGGUUCCUCGCCUUCCAGGGGCAGCAGCGAGUGUGUGCUGCCUGCCUGGAGGGUCAGUCAUUCUCUGUCCCUUCUGAGUCUCUCUGUCCAUCUGUGAAAUGACCUUUUUGUGCCUUUUCAGCAUUGUCACCUGGGGUGCCUGUGAUCUAGGUCAGUGGGUUCUUCAGCCCCUUAAAAUCUCUGGGAAGUCAUUUGUGUUGAAAAUGUGUGUGUGUGUGUGUGUGUGUGUGUAUGUGAGAGAGAGAGAGAGAGAGAGACUGCGAAUGGCAUGCUUGACUCCACCCCAUUCUCUGGGGUAUCAACCCGCUGCUCUUGGCAGGCCCCAGAAGCUGGAUCCUCAGUUCUGCUGUAUGCCCAAUAUUAUACUCCGGUCAAGGAACAGU